AUGGAAUAUCAAGACCAAAAGGCCAAGGAAGGAAGAUUCUAUGAGAAACUCAAGAUCAAGAACAAGCCAAAGUUUGUUGGAGUGAGACAAAGGGCUUCAGGGAAAUGGGCAGCAGAAAUCAAAGACACAUCAAAGAAGAUUAGGAUGUGGCUUGGAACUUAUCAAACUGCUGAAGAAGCUGCUCGAGCCUAUGAUGAAGCUGCAUGCCUCCUUCGAGGUUCAAACACUCGCACCAACUUUUCUACUCAUGAAUAUGCCAAUGCUACAAACUCUCCUAUAUAUCUCAAACUCAGAAACCUCCUUGAUCGAAAAGCCAUGCCAAAUCAAGUUCAAAUUCAAAACAAUUCCCCUAUGAUAAGUGCCACUUUCCAAGGUGCACCUAGUGGUAGUACUAGUACCAUGAAUAACAUCAUGGUCAUGGAAGAUAACUUUGCUAGUAGUAGUGAAGGUAAGUCUUUGCUUUUGCUUCAGAAUCAAGUCUCUGAUGAUAACAUGUGUGGAUUUGAUAUGAAUAUGUUCAACUGUUCAAUGGGAAUCACAUCAAAUAUGUCGCACUUUGAUUAUUCAUGGCCAUUAGCCCAACAAAGGAGUAACGAAUUACCAAUAGCAAAAGAUGGUUUGAAUGAGUGGCAUGUGGAGGAUACAUAUGAAUAUGAUGUCAAUUAUCCUCUGUCACACUUUUUUUGCUUCACUUGAUAAUUGAUAUCUGUGUUUUUCUCUCUUCUUUAUACACGUGAGAAUGAGGGUUCUGAAAAAUUAAUCAUGCUUUCUAGUUGCACAGACUUGGCUGUACUCAGUAUAUUCUUUAGUUUGUAUAAUAUUUAUUUAUUACCUUGUUUUCAUGUCAUUUUCCCUGAGAGGGUAAAUCAAGACAAGAGUAAUUGAUUUUUACACUCACCAGUCACCACUCUUUCACCAAUAAGUAUGAAGAUUUUUGGUAUCAUGGUACAAGUUGUAGCUCUGCCCCGAAUGGAACAAUUAUGUUCAUCUACUCAAAGUAAACUCAUUGGACAUACUGCAAGCAAGAAUGUAUGGUGAUCACACACAGAGCCAGGCUUAAAGAAGGGGAAAACUUCUUUUCCAUUUCUUUCC